CUUCACGGCACGGAGCUGUCCAGGGCCAGUGGUGCUGAAACUGCAAGUUUCCGACGCGCCGUUGGAGUAAUUUUUUUCCCCCAGCUUGAUUGCCGAGCCGAGCCUUUGAAAGUUACAUGCGCUUUGGUUUAAGCGUCACUUAACGGAUAUUUAUCCACCGUCAGUGCUCUAUCCAAGAGCGCCUCAAAGCCUUCGACUUCUCAGCCGAUCAAUUAGAGGACUCUCCGAGGCACAACCAUGGCUUUCAUGGUAAAACACAUGGUAGGAGGACAGCUGAAGAACCUGACAGGCGGUCUGACGGAGGAGAAACCCGAAGCAGAGAAAUCAGAUGCCGCCGCGCAGGGGAUGACUCAAGAGGAAUUCGAACAAUAUCAGCAACAGUUAGAGGAGGAAAAACAAGAACGAGAAGCCAAUUUUGCCCAGAAGAAAGCUGAGAGAGCCACCAUUAGAAGUCACUUCCGGGACAAGUACAGACUACCAAAGAACGAAUUAGAUGAGACCCAGAUUCAGCAGGCGGGGGACGAUGUGGUGUUGCCCACAGAGCUGGCCAAGAUGAUCGCUGAAGACAACCAGGAGGAAACGCACAAGCAGUCGGUGUUGGGCCAGCUGUCCAACAUCCAGAACGUGGACAUCGACCAGCUGAAAGACAAAGCCCAGGCCACACUGGACGACCUCAAAAAGCAGACAGAGAAUUGCAGUCUCAUGUGAUCCGGCCAACUCUAAGUCCCAGAAGAUUAGAGUUUUACUUGUACUAAUAUUUUUCAAAGGCAGAGCUGCUCUGGAGGUAAACAUAUUCUUAUUGCUUUAGUGCAAUGCCAGUUGGCAGUGCCACAUAAUAACAGUUUUUUUUCUAGCUCUGCAAAGUUAGA